GAACUGUGCGCGCGGAGUGCGGACUCGGCGGGGCGCGUCGCCCGGGAGCGGUCCCCGGAGCCCACGGAGCCCAGGCAUCAUGUCGGUGCAGGUGGCUUCUCUGAGCCCCGAAGAGCUGGUCCGGCAGACACGGCAAGUGGUGCAGGGUCUGGAGGCACUGCGGGCUGAGCACCAUGGCCUGGCUGGGCACCUGGCAGGCGUGCUGGCGGGUGCGGAACUCCUGGAGGAGAAGCAGCAGGUUCUGAGCCAGUCGCUGGAAGCCAUCGAGCUGGGGCUGGGUGAAGCCCAGGUGCUGCUGGCGCUCUCGGCUCACAUGGGCGCCCUGGAGGCCGAGCAGCAGCGGCUGCGGGCCCAAGCCCGGCGGUUGGCACAGGAGAACGCAUGGCUGCGGGAGGAACUGGAGGAGGCGCAGCGGCGGCUGCAGGCUAGCGAGGUGGCUGUGGCCCAGCUGGAGGAAGAGAAAAACCACUUGGAGUUCCUGGGCCAGCUGAGGCAGUAUGAUCCGCCUGCUGAGAGCCAGCAGCCGGGAUCCCCCAUUCGCCGAGACAGUUUGGCUUCCCUGUUCCCCAGUGAGGAGGAAGAGAAGAGAGGUAGGGGUACCCCAGAGGCAGAUGCUCAGGCAGCCGCCCAACAGGGUGGCUAUGAGAUCCCAGCACGCCUGCGAACUUUGCACAACCUGGUGAUCCAAUAUGCGGGCCAGGGGCGCUACGAGGUGGCCGUGCCACUGUGUCGCCAGGCGCUGGAGGACCUAGAGCGGACCUCAGGCCGCUGCCACCCAGACGUGGCCACUAUGCUCAACAUCCUGGCUCUGGUGUACCGGGACCAGAACAAGUACAAGGAGGCCACAGACCUGCUCCACGAUGCCCUGCAGAUCCGAGAGCAGACCCUGGGCCCAGAGCACCCUGCUGUGGCCGCAACCCUCAACAACCUGGCGGUGCUUUAUGGGAAGCGGGGCCGCUACCGCGAGGCUGAGCCACUGUGCCAACGUGCCCUGGAGAUCCGAGAAAAGGUCCUGGGUGCUGAGCAUCCCGAUGUGGCCAAGCAGCUCAACAACCUGGCACUACUGUGCCAGAACCAGGGCAAGUUCGAGGAGGUGGAGCAGCACUACGCACGUGCCCUGAGCAUCUACGAGGCCCUGGGGGGACCCCAUGACCCCAACGUGGCCAAGACCAAGAACAACCUGGCGUCCGCCUACCUGAAACAGAACAAGUACCAGGAGGCAGAGGCUCUGUACAAGGAGAUCCUGAGUCAGGAGAACCUGCCGGCACCCCUCGGGGCCCCGCAAACAGGCACAGCUGGUGUUUCCGAGCAGCAGCCCCUGCGCCGGAGCAGCUCCCUCUCCAAGUUCCGAGAGUCCAUUCGGCGCGGGAGCGAGAAGCUGGUGUCAAGGAUUCGGGGAGAGGUGGCCGCAGGGACCAGCGGGAUGAAGCGAGCCAUGUCGCUGGGCAUGCUGAACACGGAUGGGGCGCGGGCUGCCAGCACCCAGUUCUCCAGCCACCACCUGAGCAAGGCUUCUCGGAACCUCAGCGCCAGCACCCAGGACCUGGGCCCCCGCUGA